CGAACGCUCGCGAGAUCUCGGCCGGUCGGGCCGCCCGCCCUGCCGGUGUGACGCGCUGGAAAUAAUUUGAAAAUGGCCGCCGCGCCGAGCGGAGGAGAGAGGCUCGAAGAGAAAUCAGAGGACCACGAGCAGGCUGGGCAAAGGGAGAAGCUGCUGAAAGUGAAGAAACAUAAGAAAAAGGAGGAGCGAGAUGACGAGAAGCAUCGAGAAGCCCAGCCCACAGAAGGCCUGGUCCCAGAGCCAGCAGAUGGGAGCAAAGUUGAGACAGCAGAACACGAGGGAGCUGUCGCGGCCACCCCUUCCACUCCAAAGCCAAGGCGCUCUCUGAUCAGAGACCGGGGCCCACUGUAUGAUGAUCCAACGCUUCCUGAGGGCUGGACGCGGAAGUUAAAGCAGAGGAAAUCGGGCCGUUCAGCGGGAAAGUACGACGUGUACAUUAUCAACCCACAAGGAAAGGCAUUCCGUUCCAAAGUGGAGCUCCUGGCGCACUUUGAAAAAGUCGGAGAUACCACCCUUGACCCCAGCGACUUUGACUUCACGGUUACAGGCCGAGGGAGCCCCUCAAGAAGAGAGAAGAAACCGCCUAAAAAGCCAAAGAGCCCCAAGUCAACUGGUACUGGAAGAGGCCGGGGCAGGCCCAAAGGGAGUGGCAAAGACAAGAGGGUGCAGAAAGGCGGCCCGUCAAAGAGGCUGUCGGAUAAAAGCGCGGCAAAGCUCCUGGUUAAAAUGCCUUUCUCGGCUCCCCUGUUGCAGAAGGCCGAAGGAGCCACGUCUUCCACGGAGCAACUUCCGAAGGUGCGGAAAGGCGGACCUGGCAGGAAGAGGAAGUCUGAGGUUGAGCCCCAGGCUGUUCCAAAGAAGAGGGGCCGAAAGCCUGGUGGGGGCAUUGUGGCACCGGCCGUGAAGAAGAAAAUUAUCAAGGAGUCUUCCAUCAAGCCUGAAGAAGUGACUGUUUUGCCAAUCAAAAAGAGGAAUCUGGGGGAGGAGAGCUCCCCCCUGAAAAAGAGAAAAAGUACCCGCAUCUUCGAGGAGGACACCAGCAUACCGGUGGUGGGGAGCUCGGUGGUGAAGGAAGGCAUCCAGCCUGAACAGUCAGUGACAGAUGGUGGAGAGAAAAGUGGGAAAGGACAGAAAAGCAUUAAAAGUGUAAUUCACAAGGCGAGAGAGGGGAGCCCAAAAGGCAGGAGUAUCAAGAAGGAGCCCCCUCAUCCUGCUGACCCCAAGGAUUCGGAGCCGAAGGAGGUGACUGCGCAAGAGGCGGAGAGCUCCAAGGACAGGAGGAGCCCCUCAGAACCCAAAGACUUGAGCGCAAGAGCGUGUAUGGAGGAGAAGCCUCCACGGAGCAGACCUGAGGCCGACCUUCUUCCAAAGGAGCCCUCAAAGACUGAGCUCGCAGAGAAGGGCAAACUGAGAGGCGAGGGUGAUCAGCGGGCUGUCAUCUCGACUGUGCCGAGGCCAAGCAGAGAGGAGGCGGCAGAUACCCGGGCGACUGUUUCGGAGAGAGUUAGCUGACUUUGAUAGGAAGAAGGAAAAAAACAUGAACGAGGCAGCUGUUGUUUCUUUUCCUCCUUUGUGAGUAGGGCUCUAACAAAGGCUUUCCAGAGCAGUGAUGCUGAACCUCAAAGCUUAUAUGGGGCAAGAUAUAAUUUCUGAUUUCUUCCUUGAAGUGUUUGCAUCUGUUAGGUGGUCAAAUGUCAAGUCUGUCUUUGUAUUUUGUUUGACUCUCGGAAAGAUAGUGAGCGAGAGAUCUCCCCCCUUUUCCCUGUAUCCACUUCACUCAUCCUCCUCUUCCUCCUUCCCUGUCACUGUUCUCACUUUAGGAGCAACAAAACAGCAAAAGCUCACCGUGCCUUGUGCAAUAGGGCCACUGUAGAGCCCACCUUCAGUCCGUAGGGUGUCAGAGAUUCCCACUCCAACCCCUCUAGUUUUCUGAGGCAUUCUUGGAACUUCCCAGCCAGAUUUCAGUUGUGUCUAAUGUUGACCCCAAACCCGCAGAGUUCUGCUUUUCAUUUUUGGGCAGGAUAAUGUUGGUGGGGCUUUGGGGUAGGAGGGGGUAGUCGUUGGUACACUGAUGGUCUCAUGCCCUGGAAACAUCGUGUCACUAACCUCGCUCAUUGUCACUUGCAGGGGGCCAACCAGUGCACCCAGUGUCAAAUUGUUCCCAUGUGUUGGCCCAUUUUGUGACACCUUCUGUCUGUCUCUGCAAUGUCCCAGUCAGAGAGGCAACUUGCCCCACUCUCUUGCUGGUUGGGUCGCUGAGUCAUGGAUGGUCUGUGGGGUGAAUGACCUCCAGCCUCCCCCCUCGAGCCAAUCUCAUCCCUCCAACCUCAGUCGGGGAGACCCUGAAGGUCGAGGGUAUGAGGAGCCACCCUCAGCUGUGUCAAGAAAGGGCUUUUUGCCUCUUAGUAACAAAGUGAGGACAUGGGCGACGUCAGCUUGGGUGAGGUGGAAAAGUCGGUGGCCUAGGGCAGUCUGAACCCCUGUCGGUUUACACCCGCCUGCUCUGCUCCACUACCCCAAGUAAACCCAACUGUUUGUGCACGCACUGGCUUAACCUUCGGUGUUAGUAAGAUUGCACACCAUGUCCCUGGGUUAUUGAAGCAAAGUGUAUGAUAUGGUGAGACAGACAGCCUGGGAUGGGGGAAUGCUGACAUCAGAAUCACACCAGAGCCCUCUUCUAACCCAGAGCUGAAGGUGCUGCCUGUCAGUGCUGAACCAGGGUGGGAAAGUAGAAGGAGGAUGGAGAGGAAACCCUAUAUAUACUUAUUGCCUCCUUGCGAGGAGCGGGGGGGGACCCUUACUGUGAACAGUUUAUUCUCUCAAUGGGCUAGGAUACGUUCUGUGCUUAUUAAAGGCCGGUGAGCUUUAUGGGGGGGGUAGGGUUUGGGGAAGAGGGGCGUCCCAUUUAUUUUUCAACAGGUGGGCUUUCCCCAACGGGGACAAUGGUGCAGCAAGCUUUCAAAGCAUGGGCACCCACUUCUUCUCCUGACUUCUCACAUGCUGCAGGUCUUUCCAUGUCCCAACAACAGUGCACGUUUUCUUUAGAACCCAGCAGCACUUGAAACUGAACUCUGCUCCCUGCCAGUGAACUUGAAUUCUGUUUGUCCGUUGAGCGUGUGCUGUCUGCACCCACACCCCAUUCAUUUCAAACUAAGUGUGGGCACUCUAGAAGUGAAAUACCCUUCAGCCUUGAUUUUAGAAAUCUGAACUUGCUGCACUUCUGUCCCAGUUAGAAAAAAAAGUUGAUUCUUCUAGUUUGUGUGUAGUGAGAUUGAUGGGGAAGGGGAGGGUGAGGGCAGAAAUUUUUAAGAGGAAACAGUAUCCAAACAUGACCAACUUUUUUAUCUUUACACAAUUGCAUAUAGGACUGUAUGGUUAGCAGAGUAUUGUUGUCCUCGAGGUGGUGUUCUGUUUAUUCAUGCAUUAGGCUAUUGGUUUGUUACCACAUGUCCGAGCAAGAGUAAGGCCCAUGCUUCCGCUGUACAACGUGCAGGGGUGCAAACACUUGCUGCAUCCUGGUGUUGGUACAACCGUUCUGGUUUCCACGUCCCACCUUUCCCACCAGCUGUCUGCUAGCAUUGAAUCUUAUUCUUCCUGCUUGCACUGUCGACUAGAGGAUUUUACAGUACUGUAAGCUGUCCUUUAUAUGGUGAUAUUAUUUAUAUCUUAAGAAUUUUGAUUGUGUGUUAUUUUUUAAAAAAGAGACAAAGUAUGAUUGGAUCAGUGUGUCUGAAACAUGCCAACGGCCUACGCUUCCAAACACUUGACUGGUCUCUCUAAAAUGUUACCAGGAGCUCUUGCUGGCUAAAGAAAGCAAUGAUGCCUGCCUGCCCACUCCCACACCCUUGUCCUCUUAGCGAUUCGUCUGAGUUGUCAAAGGAGGGUGAGGGAGCCAGGCUGGCAUGGUGGGUAUCAGCUUGCCAGUCUUGGAUCGCAAGCUUCGCCAUCUCAUGAUAAAAUUUAACAGAAUUCUGUUCCUCUUCUGGGAUUUUCUUCUUUCUCUUUCUCCCUCCCCCACCUCACUUCCCACCCCCACUCCCCCAUCCCACUCUCUUCCCCCUUCCUCCCUCAUCCACCCCAUUCUCCCCCACUCCCCAACUGGUGUCUCUUUCUCUUUCUCUCUGCCUCUUGCAUUUUUGUCUUCAUUGGGUGAUGGUGGAGGAUUAGGAUGUGAAUAGUCCAGUCCCACUAAGGACUGAUGACUACUGCUUAGAAGCAUCUGCCCAGAGUAUAAAUUUUUGACCAGGGUGCACAGAAAGGAGACUCUAAAUUUAAGAGAAAGGGAACUGACGCAUACCUGAUACUUGGAAAGAAUCAUACCUUACAAGAUUGUGUAUGUUCGUCGGACAGUAGCAAAGGUAUCUAUGUCAUGCUGCCUCCUUGCUUGACCACAGCAUUCGUGGUCAGCAGCCCUGCACUGUGCUCCUUUGUCAGAGUUACAGAUGUUUAUUGAAGGAGCACAGCAUACAAAUUAGCAACCAAAUCAGAUGUUUUAAUGUAUCACUCUGGGAGCUUUUCCCUUCCUUUUCCUCCUCUCUAACCCAUGUCUCCCCACUCACCCUAGCUGCAGUGCAUUGCAGUGGAACUGCUGAAUGUGUAUCUAAGGCUCCCUUGCAACCCCACCCAAAUUAAUGACAGAGCAUGGUAAGAGAUAGAUGUAACAAGAGGUGUGGUCACUCAAUGCUGCCAGCUGCAUAGUGUCAGAGAUGAUAAUGUGGGGCUAAGAUGACUGAGUUUUGGAUUUACCUGCUUGCUGGUGUUGACUGUGCAGUGGAUUUGAACUCCAUGUGGCAAGAAGGAACAGGUUGUUUUAGGUGCAGUGGUUCCCUGAGACUGGCGAUGCAGCUGAUGUCCUCUGUAGCCUGAGGCUGCAGCCUGUAUUUUUCAGUAAGAAAGAGUCAAAUUGCACAGUGUAUACUUUCCAGGUAUCCCAGCAGUGGCAUGUAAGUGCUGAGCUAACCACUGUGUAGGCCCUGUCAUGCCUUACUUCAACUUGCAAGGCUGGGCUGGUGGGCAGGAGUGAGGACUGCAUUUAGCAGCGAAAACUACAUUGUCUGACCUACCAGCGAGGAGAGAGAAUUUGUGCUCCCCCAUCCCCAUGCCAGGCCUUCAGGCAAAAGUGUGCAAGGAGAACAGUAACCCAUAAAAUCUAAAUGGUCCCUUUCACAGGGCAGCAUUCAAAGUCUGUCGUUUUGAUCUUUGAAACUGCACUGACUGUUACAUGGGCUGUAGCAGUCCCAUGAUGUGAAUGACCAACUCAUUGUGAGGUUUUUUUUGGUGUAGUGAUGAUGUUUGAGUUGUGGAAUGUGGUUCUAUGCCAAUGCGGAGCUCUUCCAGCUAGUGGCUCUUGGAUCUUUAACAGCAACCCUAACCAAGCAGACUGUGCCUUGAUAUCUGUGACCUGAUUCUCUUUCCCCUUCCCCAGCCCUUCCAGCCAAGUUACAAUUGAGCACUUUUAUUUGAGCUUCCUUUUAGCACCUUACAAUGCACUAAAUUGCACCAAAAGGCAUAUUUAUAUCUAUUGUAAAUGUGAACGUGCAUAUCACAAUGUUACUGAUCCAUUACCUACUUAGUGGUCUUCAGUAAUGAAACCAACGUCCCUCCACUGAGCAGUGGCCCCACAUACACUCAUCUUUCAGAAGAGAAAACCCCUGUAGGGAUGUGGUUGAAUUUGUGUUUUAGUAUGGGUGCUGUUGCUGAGCUCAUGACAGAGCAGUGCUUCUGUUCUGCCUUUGUGGCAAGGGACAGUUGGCUGUGCUUUUGUGCAAAAUUUCACAGCCUUGGCCAAGCACUUUGUGGGCAUUUGCAAGGACUUUUGCUUUUGUUUCUCAAUUGUUUUACCACUCACUUCUGACUCCAAUCUCGUAAUCCUCCCAAGAACUCAUAAAUAGGGCGUUGACUUAUGUUAGGUUUCCUCCAUGCCCACACUGCAUUCUGGCACCAAUAAACAGCAGAAGUGUGAAUAGCCUGACAAUCUUACAAGAAACUAACAGUUGGACACUGAACAAAAACCCACAAGGAAAUUUCCACAAGAUGUUGUAGCCACUACCUACAAUGAGCUGACGCUACUUUGUUUCCUGCUGCCCCUGCAUAAUGGAGGAUGGGAUCCAGGAAUAACUAGACUCUAGUUUUGGCCAUUUCCUCCAGUUUACAGCAAUUUAGCGAGUCAUUUAAUUGCAGCCCACGGCCUAGUAUGAAGUCCGUAGGCUGCAUGGAAGGAAAGCACUUGAUAAUAUGAGUACUGUAUUGAUGAGAGCACUGGCAGAGGAAGAAAGAAUCUAAUUGAUGUUUUGCAAAAGAAGAAGCGUGGAAAUUCCUAAUGUUUAAUAAAGUGAUGGGUCGUUAUUCUUUAGUGUCCUCUGUGUGUUGAAAUGUGUAGGCCAAUCUGUGGUGCCUUAUGCAUGACAAACAGUUCAAAUUUUCAGAUUUGCCUGGGGACUGAAGCAAUCUGGUGCCAUGACCUUGGUGAAUUUAGGCGACGACUAUAUCUUAGUGCAUUUAAAACUCUGUAACAUGAAAAUUUCAUCAUGUUUUGUUCAGUGUCCAGCUGUUAGUUUCUUGCAGUAUUUUUUGGCAUCGACCUAUUCCCACUUAUGAUGUUCACUGAUGCCAGAAUGCAUUGGUGGGGUGGGGGAAAGGUGGAAAUUGCACAUCAAUCAACUCCCUGUUUGUGAGUUUCUUGCAGACUGCUCCCACUGUCACCUGCACCCUAAUGCCCCCGGCUCAAAGUUCUUGUGCUGGCAGUGACAGACCUGUUGCUGUCAGUAACCUGCAACCAAAUGCCACCUAGCUCAAAAUUAUCUUCCUCCCCUGUUCUGGGCUGACAUGAUCAGAUUGUGGCAUCUUCCCUAGCCAAAGAUAGAGACUGGUACAGGCCUGACCAAUUUGGAGGGAUACUCGAGAUUGGGGAGCUGCGUUUUGCCCAGUUUAGAAUCAAACCCAGAUAGUCUGGGCCUGGGUGUGUUUUGUGCUGAUGCAGAAGUUGAGAUUAUAGAUCUCUGUUUUUCACUCAGGUGCCUUUAAGAGCAGGAGAAGAAGGAAGCAAAUGCUGACUGGGGUACAGUGAUUAUCACCCCUUGUUGUAACUGUCUGACGGUUCCUAGAAACUGGCUGCUGUAAUUUGCAUAUUGUACAACAGCCAGACAGUGUUUUUAGACAGGCUUUCCAUCUGCCAGCCCUUCCACUGUAAAAGCUUGUGUUCUGCAUGAGAGACCACUUCAAAUUGCCUUGUGACAUCAGGACUGAUAAUUACUCAAUGGUUGUUUGCAACCAAUGCGUACUGCAGUCUGUUGCAUGCAGGUGUUUUCCUCAUUGUCACAGAACACUAAACUUAUAAUCAGAAUAGAGGGCCAAAUCCUGCUUCUGUUGCAGCUAGGAUUACUUGUUACAGAUUGUACUUGAAGCCUCUGUGACAAAAAAACUGGGUAUUUUGGGUGGCUGAGGUAGUGGGAGCAUAGUCUGCUGGUUUUCUGGAGGCCAAUGUCAUCCAUUGGUGUUUCCAACACUCUGGCAUUGUUUUUCAAUGAGUCACAAUCUCCAUCUUGGUGCCACUUUGCACCAGGUACCCUCGCGUGCCCCUGUGUGCCAUUGCGUCCAACUGCUGUAGGUGGUUCGGGGGACUUGAUUGAGCAGCUGUGCCACUGUGUCUCAGUGAGUUCCUUCAUUUGCUCGCUCUUGCGCGCGCAUGCACACAUCUAUCCCUUCCUGGGGAACGGAGGAAAUUGCAGUGAUUUUUAUUUUAUCUGCACCCCUCUAAGAAAGGUGACCAAGCCUAGUGAGUCUGCAGUAAAAAGUCAAAAUUUUCUUCCAGUUGUCUGUUAGCAGAGUUAGGGGCUGGGAUGGAGCAAUAAGGAUUAACCAAGUUAAACCUCAGAUUGUUAGUAUUUGGAGUCACGGAAGAAAUUCCAUUUUUCCCUUCUGAUCUCAUCUGUGAAACAGAAGUACAUAGGCAGUGAUCUGAACCUCUCAUGCUCCUUUCUAGGUGCUGUCUCAGAAUGGUUUGCAUCCUUGCUGAUAUUUGGCACAUUGAUUUGACUUUAUUUCUUCAAUUGAGUGUUCAAAAUGCAGUUCACUGCAGUAGCAGAGGCUCCGUAAGUGUCGGGAGGUAGAUAGCGAUGUGACUGAGAAGUUCCAAAAGGAAAUGUGAUACAGCUCCUGCACUGGUCCAUCUGUCCACUCUGUCCUAACAUGCAGUGAGAGGACCUUUCAACUUGAUGCCACUUUGCAGGCUCACUGAUUUAAGAGCCUUUCCAUUGUAAAGAACUUUAUGUAUGGGCAUUCCUAUCCCAGUUGUUAAUCCUAAUUGUGAAGAGGUAUCUGUACACUCAUCAACAAAAGCCACAGGAAGAGGGGAAUGAGCAUUUAAUCCCAACCGUCCAUUCCCCCCCCCCACCCCCUCAACUUCCCAGUCCCUGUCCCUGUGUAGUACCAGUUUUUGGGAGGUCCCGUGUAGCAACAACUUGUAUUCUUAUUUAGCACCUUCAGUGUAGUCAAACCAUCACAGCAUGCAUGCAACUUUAUCUUAAAAGCCCCACUUCCUUUGUCAAGUCCAGGAUUCAAACAAGUGCAUUUUCAGCUGGAGUGAAAAGAAUCAGUUGUUUAAAACGGCAAUAGAUAAAGGCUUCAGAUCAUGCAAGUGUGUUUCGCUAGGUUACGCUCCAAGGAUUUGGGUAAGGGGGAAGAGGCAGGUUUUAUCCUAGAUACAUGAUAUCCUUCAUCUUCCACUGCCUUUUCCCCUCUCCCUCACCCCCCUUCAACCCUUGUCCCUGAUGGAGGCAGCAGAGUGAGCUCAAUCCUGGCCCUGUGUUACUCCCAGCUCUCAAUCUGCCUGGUGAAAUGUUGGGGUUGGUUUCUCUCCAUGGGUUGAAGGCAGCCAAGUUCCACUCCAGUAGCUGUGAGUUUGUGUUUAUGUCUCCACCCUCGCCACCUUUCUGUCCUCUCUGUCCUUUUAUGAAGCUGCAGCCCUGCUCUGUUUCUGCUUGUCUCCUCAAGGAAAGCCUUUCACUGCAUCGCAGUGCCUCUUGUUAACAGCCCUUCCCAACAGUUGGAUGAACAACUGCAAAGUAUCCAAAUGACCGAAGCAGUGUGGUAAGGAUCUGCCAGAAAGCAUUUUCUAGUCUGCACUCCCAACACGUUUGUUCUUGUGUGUAUUGUCAGUGACUAGACUCUUCCUGUAAACGAAUAGCCAGUAACACCUAGGUUUAACCCGUGGGUCUUUUAUUCUGUAGAAUAACGCUUUUGUUUUUGCACGAAAAUAGAGAAAACAAGUUUAUAUUUUUUUUAAAAAAAGCAUUUAAAAAAAUCAUAAUUGUAAAACUGUUCUGCUUGUGACUCCUCCGAAAUGUUUCAGUAAACAGAAAUAUAAAUUAUAUUCUAUAUAAUUGUUGCUUUUACAUUGUUCACCCUUAACCAUCACCUAGGUAACUCCGUCGAUGUGCUGGUGGUUUUUUUUUAGUUAAAACAAAGUUAUUUUAAACAAAAAAGAAUACAUAAAUUUAAAUCAGCGUUCCAGUGCUUAUGUGUUGACAUUUGCCCGGUAGAAAAUUGAGAUAUGUGAAUUUAACCCAGCUUCCCCUCUGUCCUCACCUGAAAAUUAAAGGGGCACAGAGUUGGAGCGGGGUGGGUGUGUGUGUGGCGGCAGAUCUUGUGAAGAAAAGAAACGGGGUGGCGGGGUGGAGACUAAAUUAGUGGCAGUUAGAGAGAAAGGGGCUGAGAAGGGGACUUGUACGUCGGGAUUUGGGGGUGCAAAUGUGGCAGCCACACAGUUUGGCAAAGCGUUUCCGUAAAUUCAGUGACCACGGCCAAUUCUUAGCCGUUAAUGUGUGUGUGUGCUGAUCUGUUUUUUAAUUAUUUUAAAUAGAUAAUCCGUUUGUCCGGUAAGGAUUGACCGGUUGGGGGACCACCUGGUUUAUAUUUUUUACAUUUUAGUAAUAUAUAGAAUAUAUAAAGCUUCCUAUAGAAUAUAAACAUAUAGUUUCCUAUAGAAUAUACAUGUAUAGUUACUUAAUAGAUUCUAGCUCAGUGCUUCCUUUUUCUCUUGUACUGUCCAAUUACCGUGAUUAUCAAUGCCGGGCCUGUCGCUUGUCUGUUGGCUCGAGUAUUCCUGAAAGCUCUUCCUCGUUUAAUGACACUACAGUGCUGGAGCAUUGGUUGUGCUAACUGUGUGGAAGCCCUGUUUAUUCAGCAGGCUGUAGGGACUGCUGUACGUAAUCAUGGACUCCCUGUCUGUUCAGUGAGGUAGAAGCUUUAAUGCUCACUGUGUAACCAUGUCGACAUUCCUGCUCAGCCCGGGGCAGGGUCUCGUCUGUGAUAAUGUUGUUUCUGUUUGUUGCCAGGGUAGUAGUGGGUAGGAUGGGUGGUGUAGGGAACUGAAGCCCAAUCACUGUGUGACAGUAUUGGAGUUCUUGUUUGUUCAGCAGGGCAAGGAUUGCUCACUGUGUAACUCUGUGUGUGUGUGUGUGUGUGUGUGUGUG